AUGGCCACAUCCCACCCAUUUCUGUUGGACAGCUUACUUGCACUGACAGCUCUGCACCUAGCCUUCCUGAACCCGGAUGACAAGCGCCCGUGGAUGGAAGCUGCUCUCAAAUAUCAAAACCAGGCAUGCUCGGUUUUUAGUCGGGUUCUCGUGGAGAUCUCCCCAGAAAAUUGUGGGCCUGCCUUCCUCUGCGCGGUUUUCAUCCUCCUAUGUGCGACUGCAUAUCCAUGCGUCGCCGGGGAUACUCAUCCGUUUGAUCCACUAGCCCAGGUCCUGGAAACUCGCCGUCUCCUUGUCGGAUGUGCUUUUCUCUACCAUCAUCUGAAUCGACAUCCAGGGCAACUGAAAGAGUGGCUGCGGUUCCCGAACGAUGUGAAACGGGAGGAAAACGUCACAUCCCAAGGGACGUGGAAUUCGAAGCUUGUGCCGCUACGAAGUGCUCUUUUAGAUUCUCUCCGACAAGUAGCGGCUGUCAUGAACGAGGCCAGUGAACCGCACCGGGCAGCCUACCAGGACACCUGGGAUUUUCUACACGAUGCCAUCAGUUUAUGGCCAUUGGGAGGUCCUCGUGGAGGCAUCAUAUCCUGGCCCGUCCAUAUUGGUGAAGACUACAUUGCCCUGUUGAAGCAGGGAGACUGGAUCGCUCGUAUAUUAUUUCUACACUAUGGAGUUGGCAUGCAUCUCCUGUCCGAUAAAUGCGCAUCGGGCCUCGGCGGCUUCGAGAUGCAGGGGCCUAAGUCGCCUAGUAUCCUGCGAGAUGUGGAGAAACAGCCACUGUUGCGUUCUUCUUCUUUAAAUACCCCCGUCGGAUUGAGCGAUUCAUCCCAGUCGGCGACGCGCAGACCGGAUCGGGCUACAAUAAUGCCUGGACUUCUGAGGGUCACAUUCUUGGUCACACUACUACUCUUGGUGUUGGUCAUACAUGUGCCUAAUGUACUUACUUCACCUUUGGAGCUUACGUACCCUAAUGCCAAUGGUGGGAAUCAUCAAGGUCAUCAUGUAAAGGAUGGGAAGCGUGGGGCAGUAGCCAGUGAGAGUGCUAUCUGCAGUCGCCAUGGGAUCGACAUUCUAGAGUUGGGUGGGAAUGCUGCCGAUGCUCUGGUCGCGACAGUCCUCUGUGUCGGAGUAAUUGGAAUGUACCAUAGUGGGAUUGGGGGUGGUGGCUUUAUGCUAGUCAGAGCUCCGAAUGGUUCCUUCGAGUUCAUCGACUUCCGUGAGACAGCUCCGGCUGCCGCAUUCGAGGAGAUGUUCAAUAACUCAACUGACGCGUCCACCAUUGGCGGCCUAGCUAGUGGUGUUCCUGGCGAGCUGCGUGGACUGGAGCAUCUUCACAAGAAGUAUGGUUCAUUGCCGUGGUCGGUCCUGGUGCAACCUGCAAUCAGAACAGCUCGUGAGGGCUUUCCCGUUGGCCGGGAUCUAGUGAAGUACAUGAAAUCGGCUGUUGGUGAUGGCGAGGACUUUUUAGUCGAGAACCCGACAUGGGCGCUCGACUUUGCUCCCAAUGGCACCCGAAUUGGACUUGGAGAUAUCAUGACUCGGAAACGCUACGCUGAUACGCUUGAGACCAUCGCAAACAAGGGUCCGGAUGCUUUUUACUCAGGACCGAUCGCGGAGACAAUGAUCAACGCGCUGCAGGCCGUGAACGGUACCAUGACAUUGGAAGAUUUGCGCAACUAUACCGUAGCCAUUCGAAAUGUGUCACAGAUUGAUUAUCGUGGGUACCAGAUCACAAGCACAUCAGCUCCCUCGAGUGGUACUGUUGCUAUGAGCAUUCUGAAAAUUUUGAGUACUUACGAUGACUUCUUUGCUCCGAGUAAUGUGAACUUGAGCACACACCGACUGGACGAGGCCAUGCGUUUUGGAUAUGGUGAGAGAACUAAUCUCGGCGACCCGCUGUUUGUUGCUGGACUGGAUGAGUAUCAGGAGAACAUGCUGAAGCAAUCCACCAUUGAUGAAAUCCGACGAAAGAUCUCCGAUGUCCGCACACAGAAUGUGUCUGCCUACGAUCCGCAAGGAAUUGAGAGUCUGAAUGAUGCGGGUACAUCACAUGUGGUAACGGCAGAUCAUACAGGCCUGGCGAUCUCCCUUGUCACAACCAUUAAUACCCUCUUUGGCAGCCAAGUCAUGGUUCCUGAAACCGGAAUCAUAAUGAACAACGAAAUGGAUGAUUUUUCCGUUCCUGGGAAAUCCAAUUCAUUCGGAUAUAUCCCUUCAGAAGCGAACUACAUUCGCCCUGGAAAACGUCCACUGUCUUCCAUCACACCCGCCAUAGUCACUCGUCCUGAUGGAAGGUUAUUUUUUCUUGCUGGCUCUGCUGGUGGUAGCAGGAUUAUAACAGCCACAGUGCAAAAUAUUAUCCACGUUAUUGAUCAAGGGCUAUCGGCAGCGGAGGCAUUGGCUCAACCCCGUUUGCACGAUCAGCUGGUGCCAAAUCAGGUCAGCUUCGAGUAUACCUAUGACAACUCAACAGUCGAUUUCAUGAAGUCUCGUGGUCAUAAUGUGACUUGGGUCGCUCCAGGUCAGAGCACGGCGCAGGCCAUUCGGGUUCUGCCGAAUGGGACAUUUGACGCCGCUGGAGAGCCUAGGCAGUUAGAAUCCGGCGGCUUCUCGAUUUGA